UCAUUCGCAUAAAAAACAACCAACUCUUAUAAACCACAAAGAGGAGAGGGAGAAAAAGGGAGAUUUUUUUUGUUUGUUGAGAUUUAGCCGCGACCCAGAUCGAUUUUUGGCGUAAUUACCUGAUUUUUUUGCAAGUUUUUGAGGGAUGAUGAACAAUUCGACGCCGACGGGAGCUGGUUCGAGCUCUGGAUCGGGGGAUGCGACGGCUCAGAGGAAGAAUAAGAGGCCAAAGUAUUCGAAGUUUACUCAACAGGAGCUUCCAGCUUGCAAGCCUAUUCUCACUCCCCAAUGGGUGAUUUCAGUGUUUGCAAUAAUCGGCACUAUUUUCAUCCCCAUUGGCAUCGCCUCACUGUUCGCUUCUCACAAUGUUGUCGAAAUUGUUUAUCGGUAUGAGGAACAGUGCCUACCAACAAAUGUUACUAAUAAAGACUCUAAGUUGGCCUACAUACAGGAUCCUACAUCUAACAAAAACUGCACAAAACACUUAAAAGUGGAGAAGGAUAUGGAUGCUCCUAUUUAUGUGUACUAUCAGCUUGAUAACUUCUAUCAGAAUCAUAGGAGGUAUGUGAAGAGCCGAAAUGAUGAUCAGCUGCGAGAUCGUAAAAAAGCUAAUAGCACGGACGGAUGUGAUCCUGAAAAGACCACCUCAAAUGGGGCUCCAAUUGUUCCUUGUGGUCUCAUUGCAUGGAGUUUGUUUAAUGAUACCUACAGCUUUGCCCGUGGAAAGGAUAAAUUGGAAGUGAACAAGAAGGACAUUUCUUGGAAGAGUGACAGGGAUCACAAAUUUGGAAAAGAUGUCUUUCCUAAGAACUUCCAGAAUGGGACGUUGAUAGGUGGUGGAAAACUUGAUCUUAAUAAGUCUUUGAGUGAUCAAGAAGACCUCAUUGUUUGGAUGAGAACUGCAGCCCUUCCAACAUUUAGGAAGAUGUAUGGUAGGAUAGAGGUGGAUCUCAAAGCAAAUGAUACUAUAAUCGUUCACCUCGAAAAUAAUUACAACACAUACAGUUUUGGAGGCAAGAAGAAGUUGGUCCUUUCGACCACAACCUGGAUAGGAGGAAAGAACGACUUUCUCGGCAUUGCAUAUCUAACUGUUGGAGGAUUUUGCUUUUUCUUGGCACUAGCCUUUACCAUUGUAUAUUUGGUGAAGCCAAGGAAGCUUGGUGAUCCAUCAUACUUGUCAUGGAACAGAAAUCCAGGGGGUCACUAAAUGUUCCAUCUAGUCUUGCAGCUGAAGUGAUAAUAUUCCUGGGCCUGUUUCGGUUUCGCAUCUUUAUGCUUUGUGUAUCUGAGUUCAUCCAUCCAUUGUAUAUGAAAUAGCAAAGCUGAGCUCCGCUUAUCUUUACUCGACAUUUCGUGCGUGUAUAAUUAUCAGAAAAAUGUACAAUGUUAAAUGCAUCUUACCGGAAAAGAUAUAUAUUUAUUCUUUUCUAGGACACUCUCAUCGUGCGGUGGUUUAUGUGAUUUGUAACCGAGUUGAAACUGUUGGGACUUGUUUCGUAGCUUGAAACUUGUGAUUAAAAAGUCUGAUUUAUUGUUUAUCA